AUGGUUUCCCCACAAUUUAACAUAUCGUCGGCCACCGCUCAGGAAUACGAGUCUAAGUACUCCGCACACAACUACCACCCACUGCCAGUGGUAUUCCACAAGGCUGAAGGAGCCCAUGUGUGGGAUCCAGAAGGGAACGAAUAUCUGGAUUUUCUUUCGGCAUACUCCGCAGUCAACCAGGGACAUUGCCAUCCAAAAAUCGUCCAGGCACUUGUUGAACAGGCCCAGAACUUGACCCUGUGCUCGCGUGCGUUCUCGUCAGAUGUUUUUGGAGUGUUUGCCAAAUACAUCACCGAGUACUUCAACUACGAAAUGGUUCUGCCCAUGAACACGGGUGCUGAGGCUGUUGAGACGGGUCUUAAGCUUGCCAGAAGGUGGGGUUAUGUCAAGAAGGGAAUUCCCGCUAACGAGGCCAUCAUUCUUUCUGCUAAGGAUAACUUCCAUGGCCGCACUCUGGGAAUCAUUUCCAUGUCUACGGAUCCAGAUGCUACCGUCAACUUUGGUCCGUAUCUGCACGGUGUUGGGCCUGAAAUUCCAGGUGCUCCAAAGGGUUCUUUGCUAAGGUACGGUGUUAUCGAAGACGUUGAGCUCGCAUUCAAAAAUGCCGGUGAUAAGAUUGCUGCAAUUCUGUUGGAGCCCAUCCAGGGAGAAGCUGGAAUUGUUGUCCCCCCAGCUGGAUACUUUGAGAGAGUUUCUGAGCUCUGCAAAGAACAUAACGUCUUGCUGAUCUGUGACGAGAUCCAGACCGGAAUCGCGAGAACCGGUAAAAUGCUGUGCUACGAACAUUAUGCUGGAGUGAAGCCUGAUAUAGUUUUGCUUGGAAAGGCCAUAUCUGGUGGUGUGAUGCCAGUUUCUGCUGUUCUCUCUUCUCGCGAGAUCAUGCUCACUUUAGAGCCAGGCUCCCACGGAUCCACAUACGGUGGUAACCCACUGGCAUGUCGUGUGGCAAUUGCAGCCUUGGAGGUCAUUGAGGAAGAAAGGCUGGUGGAAAGAGCCGAGGAAUAUGGUGCUUUUCUCAAGGCUGAACUUGUGAAACUGCAGGCCGAGUCCAAUGGAAUCAUUUCUGAGGUCAGAGGGAAGGGGCUGUUGAGUGCGAUUGUGAUCGACCACACCAAGACAAAUGGCAGAACUGCCUGGGAACUUUGCUUGCUGAUGAAGGAUCACGGUGUUCUGGCUAAACCAACACACGAUCACAUCAUUAGAUUGGCCCCUCCUUUGGUGAUCUCGAAGGAGGAUCUGCUGAAGGGUGUCGAAAGUAUCCGGUUGGCCCUUAAGGAUCUACCAAAUGCCCCAAAGGCAGAUCAUUAG